UUCCCUUUGUUAUGCACUGAAAGGGAAGAAAAUGGAGUAAAAUUCCCCCCCCUGGUACUGGGCAAGUGUGCAUCGAUGGUUGCAGAGCGAACAGACCAUCUUCCAAAACUAGGUUUGCUCAGUGUCGCUUCUAAGCUUGCAUCGGGACUUUUAGCAAUCGAUGUGCUUUCAGAUCUGAAAACAGACAGAGUGCCUAAAGGAGCUUCCAAAGUCGUUUUGUGAACUGCAGUGAGGUGACAAGGAAUCGCAUCCGCUUGUGCCAGCAACUUCAUCCAGCCAGCCCUGCACGUGCAAAGAUGUCAAGAUGCUGCGGAAGGACCUCUGUGAGCAUUGCUGUGGCCGUUUUCCUUCUCGUCCUCUUGCUGGUCUGGGGGGUCGCCUGUGCCUGGCCCUGGAAAUACCGAGGCCUGGCAAGGCUCGCCUUACCCAGGUUUUUGCAAAGGAGAAGCAGUCGGAAAAGAGUCUCUGCAGAGACAUUCCGCUGGGCCUCCCGCGUGGGUGCCUCGAGUCCCAAGACCUCAGAUGAAACCAAAGACCACAAACCUACUGCCAAGGGAGCUAGGGUGCAAAACAACUAUGAGAAUGUGGAAGCAGGGCUCCCCAAAGACAAAAGCCAAACUGAGGAGGCGCUGUAUGAAAACACAGGGCGCCCCCACGCGCAGGAGCACGUCUACGAAAACCAGACUUCUUCUCCCUAUUAUGAUUUCCAGCAGGCACGCAGUUCUGAAGAAGCCCUGCAAGAAGAGAAUGUCUACAUCCUUCCUGAUUAAUAUCUUGAAAGUGCUGAAAUUCAUCGAUGAUGGUUGGUGGGGCCGAAUUAUUCACUGGGCCUUUCACUGGACUGAUGUCAUCAUUGAUCAAGUCCUGCUGGUGAAAUUCAAGGGCCUGGUGUCUUUGCUCACCCUUGUAAACCCUCUCUAAGUGGAAUUUUAUAGAACUUUAUGCAUUCUAGAUCUCCGUCUGCCCUGUGGUGGACUAAAUCUGUGCUGUUUUAUUUACUGGUGCGUCGUUUCUUUCUUGCUAUCUCCACCAUCUGCUUCUGGGUUAACAUGACUGUCUCUUUCCUCUCAUUUUGCUUUGCUUUGCUUUGUUUUGAUAAGGUAGAGACCUGACAUAGGGCUCCAGCCUAUCUCUGUCUUAUACUCCCAGUCCAUG